AUGAAGUUCCUGAUUGGCGAUGACACAGGCUUGCUUAAGCUCAUCCGCGUGGAGGGAAAGAAGAUCGAGCGUGUUGGGGAUCGUCGCCGAGGAGAAGCGAUCCAUCGGAUUUGUUGGGCCGGGCCGGCAGAUAACCCCGAGGCCGCAGUGGCCAUCGCCUACGCUUCGGGAGCUCUUGAGCUUCGAAGCCUCGCAGGUCAGCCUCUCAGCAGCGCCGCCAGUGCCGAAGCAGUGAAAUGCCUGCAGGUGUCCUCGGCGGGGGUGUUGGCCAUCUCAGCGGACGGAGCAGCGAGCAUCGUCUCUGAAUGGGGGAAGGCCUUCGACGAGUCCGGCUUUGCUGGAGGUGCAGACGCAGAGGUCGAGAAACUUAAGCUGCAGGGGCCGAUUGCCGAUGCCUCCGUGGAUCCAGCAAGGCCAUCCCGAUUUGCCUUCGGCGGCCUCGAAAACGAUGUGAAAAUUUUCGACCUCGAGCGCAAGGAGGUCACAUGGACUGCGAGAAACGUGCGGGAGGAUUCGCUUUGCCUUCGAGUGCCGGUGAAAGUCAGCACUCUGGGAUGGGCCACCGCUAUGUGCACCUCCCGCUCCUUGAUUACGUGUGGGACCGCUGACGGUAAGAUUCGUGUGUACGACGCGAACACGCAGCGGAGGCCGCUCUUCGAGCUGCGGGUCGGCUACAAAGUGGGCGUAGGUGCGGGCGGUUGGACCGGGGUGGAAGACAACACCAAAAGGCCUUUGCUUUGCAGCCGAGUCGCAGCUGUCCGUGGCGACGGCUGGGGUCUUUUCGUCGGUGACACCUUGGGCGUCCUGCGCGAGUACGACCUGCGGAACCUUCCCAAGACACAGACUGCUGCGAUACCACCGGGACGAAAGGCCCAUCUGAAUCUGGCCAUGAAGGAGCUCCCGUUCAAGCGUGGCUACAGGGGUAUCAUGGGGGCCAUUCGAGACGUUGACGUCCACUGCGGUGGCAAAGCUUUGGCUGCGGUCGGCUUGGGCCGUUUUGCAUACGUUUUUCCAACAGUCGGUCGAGAGAUGAUCUGCAAGGUCUACCUCAAGCAGAAGCUGAACUGUGUCUUGAUGUCACGGGAGGAGAUGGCAAAGCCCAAGAAGGACAAGCAGAGUCAAGAGGAGGGCGAGGAGGAGGAGCAACUCGAAGAAGAUGAGGAAGUGGACGGAGGUGAGACCAAAGGCGCUGUCCAGCCCGAUCCGGAGGACGAGGUCGCGGAAGGAUUUUCCGAUGAUGGCGAGGCUGAUGACGCACAUGAACAGGCCCUUACAGCUGGAAAGGCUGCCAAGAAGCGUAAGAAGCGUGU